CACACAUGUGGUUGAUGCUGUCAAAUACUGUCAGAUCAUAAAUUUAAUCUACAAUCACACUAAAAUAAUAUAAAUAAACGAUGUCAUCGGAAGAAAAAGAUGGCUCAAAAAGUCAUCUCGAUGAUGAUUCAGAAGAAGAAACACCAGGUACUAGCGAAGCGACAGGAAUGGGUUAUAUCAGAAAAUAUUUGGCUUCCAAAUUAGGAUUAUCUGAUGAUGACGAGGAAUCUUCAAAGAAUAAGCAGGUUUUAUCUGAAUUUACAUUAGAUGGUAUUGUUGAAUAUAUAAAAAGUGAUAAAUGUAAAAAGAUUAUUACAAUGGCUGGAGCGGGGAUAUCAACAUCUGCUGGAAUACCAGAUUUUCGUUCUCCCGUUUAUGGCCUUUAUCACAAUUUACAAAAAUAUAAUUUACCACAUCCACAGGCUAUUUUUGAAUUGGACUUUUUUCACAAAAAUCCUCGACCAUUUUUCGAACUAGCCAAAGAGUUAUAUCCGGGAACUUUUAAACCAACUGUUUGUCAUUAUUUUAUAAAAAUGUUAAACAAUAAAGGUAUUUUGUUGAGGCAUUAUACUCAAAAUAUUGAUACAUUAGAAAGGGUAGCUGGAAUACCUGAUGAAAAAUUAGUGGAAGCCCACGGAACUUUUAAUCAAGGCCAUUGUCUUGAAUGUAAUAAGGAGUAUUCUCAGGAAUGGAUGAAAGACAAAAUUUUUACAAUAGAUGUUCCAAUAUGUGAAGAUUGUCCAGGCGUAGUGAAACCUGAUAUUGUAUUUUUUGGGGAAUCGCUUCCUGAAAAAUUUUAUAGAUAUUUGCAAACUGAUUUUGUAAAGGCUGAUUUAUUAAUAAUAUUGGGCUCAUCAUUAGCUGUACAACCAUUUGCUUCACUUGUUGAUAGAGUUUCCAAGGAAUGUCCAAGGUUGUUAAUAAAUAGAGAAAAAGCUGGUCAAAGAAGUGGAUUAAUGGCUAUAAUGGGAGUGGGAGGUGGAUUGGAGUUUGAUUCCUCAAAAAACACACGAGAUGUGUGUUGGUUAGGAGAUUGUGAUGAUGGAUGUUUGCUUUUAGCUGAAAAAUUAGGAUGGAAGGAGGAAUUAUUGGCUCUUUAUGAUCAAGAGCUGUCAGAAAAUGAUAAAGAAGAUGGAGAAAAAAAGGAAGAUGAAAAGAGAGAAUUAGAUCGAAAUAAAAGAGAAGAGGAAAUAAAAGAAGAUGAUAAUAAAAAGUCUAUUGGUGGUGAAAAUUCAAAUAAAUUAUAAAUUAAUUUUUAGAUAAUUUUUUUUGGGAAUGUUUAAAGGUUUAUGUUAACGAUUCCAUUUAAAUACAUAUUUACUGCGAUAUUAUUGUAUAGGAAAAGUAUGUACAUGUAAUAUUUAAAGCUACAUAAAUAAAAGCCAAACAUUUAUUUAA